GUAUUUAGUAACGCAGAAGGCUCGUGCGGUGAAUACCUUGUCGUGAAAAACGUGCGUACAACAGGUAAAUGAGGAUCCCCUCUCCACUGAGUCGACUCCCUCCUAUAUAAGAGGGCCUCCGGCUCUCCUCCCGAUUCUUCAGUUGACCAUUUUACCCAAUUCACGAUAAUAUAACUGACCAACAAAGCUCAUUGAUUGAUUGAGCAUCAUUUGAAAUCGUUUCAUAAUUUUAUUUGAAAUUUCAAUCAUUCGAGAUCGUUUCAUCAAUCAUGAGAGCUGUCGUGAUUUUGUGUCUGCUCAUUGGUUCUGUGAUAGCACAGAAAGCUGGUAAAUACGAUAAUGUGGAUGUGGAUGCAAUUCUCAAGAAUAAUCGAGUCCUCACGCAGUAUAUCAAGUGCAUGCUUGGGGAAGGAUCAUGCACUGCUGAAGGACGAGAGCUCAAGAAGGUACUUCCGGACGCCCUGAAGACAAACUGCGCCAAGUGCGACGAGAAGCAAAAAUCAACGGCGGAGAAAGUUAUCAAUCACUUGAGAAGUAACCGACCCAACGAGUGGAACCGACUGGUCGCCAAAUACGACCCACAGGGAGAGUACGAAAAACGAUUCGAGGCUGCAGCCAGCGCAAAGAACUGAAUUAUUCCA